GUUUUGAAGCUAAACAUGGCAGAUAAAGACAAAAUCCAGAUUGGUAAACUUCCUUGGAAUGUCCAAAAACCUUCCCACUCUUCCCGUAAGUUUUCGCUCGUUGCCACGAUGAUGUCAUUGGCUCGUUCUAGAGGCAACAACGCAUGCUCAGUCUUCCUAUCCAACAUGGCGGAUGGACCGGCAGAAGACGAGGAAUCUGAAGUUUUUGAAAUUACGGACUUUACUACCGCUUCCGAAUGGGAAAGAGUGCAUGAUUGGUUUUAUAGAUUUAUCGCAAGAUUAGAAGAAGUACUUCAUGAGUGGAUGCUGGCUGGUGGAAGUCACAGAACCUCGUCAACCUCUGUGGGCAGCACCGCAUUUCAUCCAGAGCCAUCAAAAGUCAAGCCUCUGCCUGAGCAGGAAACAGAUGAUGAGAGAGAAGGCACAUGGGCAUUUGUACAGGAAAACAUCAAUUUUGCUAAUUUUAGCUUUAAUAUUGCCUAUCAUUAUCUAAAGACCAGGAAAAGUGGGACAUCUAGAACCAGUAUUAGCCAUGGAGGUAAUGAGGAUAGCCUGCCUGCCACGGUUAUGGAUAUGUUUGAUAUGGAGUUUGAUUUUCCCCCAAGAGUUCACUGUUUAAGUAGAUGGUUUGGUUUAAAAGAAUUCAUUGUCCUGAGCCCUGCACAAAACACAGAAGCCAUUGAUAACGAGUCACGAUGCCACCUGCUUCUUAGUUCCAUUGCCAUUGCAUUCAACAAUUCAAAGUGUGAAAUUCCAAUGUUCAUUCAAGCUCACCAGCGAUGGCGACGGCUGUACUAUGGUUUGUGUCUCGGUGGGGAGUUCCGUACCCUGUUUGAAAUGUGCCACCUCAAGCACACCCCUCCACAGUAUGCCCACUUGGCAGGCCUGCUAGAAGUCUUCAAAGACAAAUUGGCGUGUCCAUUAUCACCCCUACCACCUGUAACAGUGUCUAUCCGAUUCACAUACAUUCUGGAUGAGUGGACUGACUAUGCAUGGCCCCAGGACCUUCCACAUGAUCCCCUCUGCUUUGAGUGUAGUGAAGACCAUACUGAGUUUGCUGUGUUGCCAUUUGGAGCUUGUGAAGACCCUGUCAGUGAACUUCAUCUGUCCACAACUUGGCCCUGCUUAACAGAAGAUGUAGUUGUGGAUAAUUCAGUAUACUCAGACCUGGAUCCCAUGCAAGCCCCUGAAUGGUCUGUAAGGGUUAGGAUGUGUGAAAACCCACAAUGCCUUCUUGGUGAUCACUUUGGCAGCUAUAUGAAACUUUGCUAUAGGCAGGAGUCCACUUUGCAGUUGCUUCACCAAACACACUCUGAUGAUAGUGAAGCUGAUAUCACACAAGCUCUGCAAAAAUUGACAGACCCUGGACAUGGUCUCCCUGUGGCAUCUUUAUCAUCUGCUGUAACCAAGGCAACAACUCACUUAUCUGUCCUGGGAGAACUGUCUCCUCAGGAAUUUGCGAUCCCGCAGCCUCUACUAAACCAUAUUCUAAAGCAACUCUUUCCUGAUGCAAAUGAAGAUGCAGAUUCUUUACAAGUCAUGCAAGAUGAGAUUUGUUCAAAGGCCAAAGAUGCUUGUGAAUCUUCUGACAGUAGAAAACAGGACCGAUUCAGAGGGCUGAAGUCUGCGCCCGAGCAGAGUCUGACUUUCUCGCUGGCCACGUGUUUAUGUUUGGUCUAUAACAGACAUGGCGGGCUCAGGGCAGUUGCACACCUUUGGCAUGAGUUUGUGUUAGAGAUGCGUUAUCGCUGGGAAAAUGACGUAUUCAUUCCAAGGCUACCGAUAGAAUCCCCCAAUUUGGGCUGCUGUUUAAUUCAUCAGAAACUACAGAUGUUAAAUUGUUGCAUUGAAAGAAGAAGGUCCUCGCGGCUAAAGCAUGGCAAUGUGAAACAGCAAAACUCGGCACAGACCAGCACCAAUAAAUCUUCAAGUAAUAAGGAUGGCUUGUGUCUGGAAAGCGAACCAAAAGACAGUAGCUCUGAAGGGGAUGAGGAUGAGUUUUUCGAGGCGGUGGAAGAUUUCAGUAGUUUUCCUGAGCCAAGUGAUAGUGGAGUCAAUGAAAUAACUCGCGAGGGAGUUUUAAGGCGGUGUGGUGAACUCUAUCUGCUGGCCAAACCUUGUGAACCACUCUAUGUCCCUGUCACACAGGAGCCAGCGCCGAUGACUGAAGAUAUGUUACAACAACAUGCGGAAGUGCUAACUCAACUUGGUACCACAGAAGAAGGAGCACGUGUCCGUGCACAGAUGCAGAGCGCUUCACUGCUAUCAGACAUGGAGGCAUUCAAGGCGGCAAACCCUGGCUGUCUGCUCGAGGAUUUCGUGCGGUGGUACUCCCCAAACGACUGGCUGCAAGGCCCCGAAACUGUUGAGGAGCGCGAGGAGCUGAUAAGGCAACAGGAGCUAGCUACUGAGGCCCUACAGGAGAGCCGAAACUCAACUGAAAGCGCACAAGUGCGUGAAAACCCUGAUGGCUGGGCGGAUGACGAACUUGAGGUUACCGAAGAGGAGCUGCUCAACAUUGAAAAAACCGCUGCAGCGGAGCUGAUGAGCGAAGCCAAGGCUGGUCACGUGCCGGAGCUACACAGCAGGCCCAAGUGGGCGGAAGAGGGCCGGUUGAGUCUCAGGAUGCGUGUUCCGGGUAAUAUGUGGGAAGAGGUGUGGCACAGCGCUAAACCCAUCCCCGUGCGACGCCAGAAGCGACUCUUCGACGAGACCAAAGAAGCGGAGAAGGUAUUACAUUUCCUUGUGUCCUUAAAGCCGUCUGAGGUCGCAUUCCAGCUGUUUCCUGUGCUAUUGCACGCGAUUCUCUUGCGGCUGGAAGGCGCGGGUGGUCGCGAUAUCGUAGCUAUUGCGGACGUAAUGGAUAAAGUAUUAAAAUCGGCGAGGAAGCUGCACUGGGUCAUGCCUGAUGACUUACCACACUGCGAGGAGAUCGUGAGGGAAAUGCAGCUUGCAGAGCUUGUGAUAGCCCGCGCAAACUCGCUACAAUUCAAGUUUCGCGACGCGCUGAACUUUCAGAGGAAGAAGCUCCAGGAAGUUGGCGGAGAGCGCAGUAUAGACGAGUUCCUAGCUGCGCUCAGGGAGAAACCGGAAGUGAAUGUGAUUGGUGCGGGACGAGGCCCCGCGGGACGGGUCAUCCACAGACUAUUUGCUAAACAAGCAACAGCACGGUUGGAACAGUCACGCUUGGAGAAUCCUUCCGAUUCAAAGUCCUCGUCAUCACCUGCGCAACAAGAUUUCCCGACACCCACGGGACGCGAAUACAUCUUACGUACUUCCGCCCCACGACCCGCACGCUCUUCGCGUGUCAGUCCACAGCGCAUGUACUGCGUGCUAACAGCUGAUGAGUUCCGGCUCGCGGGCGCAUUCACUGAAGACGUCACGUUCCAAUAGAGGAAA